AUGAACCGCCUUGUCGCCUCAGCUUUCAACCUCUCUCACGACAUCCUCGAGCCACCGAGGUUCGACGACCUCUUCGAAGACCUGGUUGAAAAACCGGGAGCCUAUGUCGAUAAAACUGGCCGCAUUGCUCACUUGCCGACCCAAUAUACCGCGUUGAUGAUUCGGCCACCCCGUUUUGGCAAGACCACUUUUGUGUCGACUUUGGCGGGGUAUUAUGAUACCCGCAAUAUUGUCCCAGAGUAUGCUUGGGAACGACUCGACAUCUACAAGGCUGCAAAGGACUCUUUCGCCUCUCGAGAACGGCAUCUCUGUCUAAUGUUUUGCUUCCCGGGCACGACUAUACGAGGGGACUUCGGGGAUGUAGAGGUGGACAUAAGGGCGCACGUUUCCCGCCAACUAUACGGCUUCUUCAAGAAGUACUUUACCGAACUCGGGCUAUCAGAGGUUCCCCCGACGAUCAGAGCUCGGGCUGUGAGCAUAGAACCCGAUGUUGUGGCCAUGUUCGCGGAAUUUUGGAGCGUUGUGAAACAAAGUGGACAUACUCUCUUUGUUUGCGUGGACGAUUACGAUGCACCAGUGCGUUCGCAUGAGCUUUUCCCGUUUGAUAGCGAGCAGGAGGAGGCGGAGGCGGAUGAUCGACCAGGCCUCAGAAACACGAUUGAAGAGCUACUGGACCGGUUGUUCUGGGAGCCUCUGCUGCAUGGCAUCGCCCUCAUAUCGAAGCUUCUCGUCACAGGCAACCUUUCCCUCACGAGUUGGAAUCCAGAAAUCAGCAAGUCUUUAUCAAGUCUUGCUCUGGCCGAGAUGCCUGAGCUCUCAUCGUGCUGCGGAUUUACCGAAGAUGAAGCACGCAGUUUUAGUGCUGCAUUCCUUCCCAACCCUUUAUCUUCCGCCGACUUUCGGGACAAAAUCGGACAAUACCAUUUUCCCCCUAAUCCCCAGCCGCUGCUCCACCCCCAGCAAAUCAUUCGGCGGGUGGCUCCUCUGCCUGAGUGGGAACUGUUUGAUCGUCUGACAAACCCUUUCCCCACACUUUCGGCGAUCUUGAGGUCUCUCGAGGACGAUGCAGACGAUGAGCGAGUGACGCGUAACACACUCCUCGACUUGCUCACGCAAGGUACCAUCGAGCCAUCCAACUACCGACCACUCUGUGGUCAUGCCAUAGGAGUAGAUUUUCUCCGAGACCUCGGCAUUCUGUCUUACGAUUCGGAGGGACGGCUUCGUGUGGCAAGCAAAGACAUCUUGCAAGAGAUACACUCGGCUGUCGAUUCUGUGGUGGAUACUUUCUUCAGCUUUUCCUCAAAACUCCGCCCAGCGUUGUGGGUGGAAGAUGGAUUCACCCGCCUGCUCGCUCUGUCCACACAAGUUUUAGUUGAUCGGACCAGUCGAGGACUAUCACGGAGAUCUUGUCUGGAGCCUACGAUGCAUGGUGUCCUCGAACUUCUUCUCCGAGCGCCCAUCUCAUGGAAGGAUUUUUAUGACCCAUUGAUUAUGGUGCCCCCCUCACAAUUGCCUUACAUCGACGAAAAGCCUUCUCACAAUCCUGAACCCCGUCGCUGGGGCCCCCGAACUUUGACAUUGCGUGGGUUGUGGAGGGGUUCAAACCCGAACAACGGCAAUCCGACUUUUGAAGCGCUGGCCGCGCUACACGAAGAGUUGCGGGUGAUAGACGAGGUCAAAAUCCGCCGGAUGCUCUACUUGGACGAGCAAGGAGCACUUUCGAAAGUGUCAGACCAUCUCCGAGACGAGCCUGGAGUCAACAUUCUGGCCGCUGUUGGUGGAGCGCGAGUGUUGAUGCCUCAAAUGGUGCCAACCACCACCGUCUGUGAACAUUGCGGGCGGAGUGGAUGA